AACAUGAAUUCGAUCGAGCCGGACGAACGCCCAACUACAAUCGUUGUUUGAAUCGUAGCGGCAGGGCAGCCCACCUUCCUCCCUGUCGCCGCCCGCUUCAUUCACCCCGCCGGCGCGAGCCGCCCCCCUCCAAUUUCCCACCCAACCAAUCUCGGCUCUUCCCCCCUCCCCCGCCCCGGAGGCCAGAUUGGUUCCAUGGACGCCGCCGCCGCCGCCGCCGUCACCACCCUCUCCGCGCUCGCCGUCUUCGCCAGCACGCUCCACCAAGGUGCCGUGCGGAGCGUGCACGGGUACAGGGUCGUCGCGAUGGGAGGGAGGUGCGCGUGGGACCGGUGGGUGGAGCGGGAGUUCGCCUUCUCCCCCACCUCCUGCCGCGAGGUCCCGCUCCCCGCCGCCGCGCCGCGGAUACUCCCGGUCGAGUGGCGCGGCCGCCCGGCGUACCGCGAGGGCCAGGUGUUUGGCACCUGGCGCUGCGUCCUGGCCUUCGACUCCAUCGCCGCCGUGCCGCUGCCGCCCACGCCUCCCCCGAUGCUCUGCCCCUUCCGGAACCCGGGGCUGGUGUGCGUGCCUUCGCUGUACAACGACCUGUACAUGGUGUAUCAGUUUCAGAAAUUUCAACAGGUCCCGGAGCUCGUCAAACGUGAUUCGGAUGAGAAAUCGACCCGUUUGGAUGCAGAGGAUAAAACUUGUGAUGUUGAAGUUAAAGAAGAGUCAGGGUCUGAUUCUGAUGAGGAUCCCCAAUCUGGUGAAGAACUUCCAGCACAUGUUGCGAGACGCCGGAGAGCCAAGAAGCAGCACAUAGCUAGCAUCACUCUAGCUGACAUAGCCCCGUACUUCCAUCUUCCAAUCAGAGAAGCAUCCAGGGCUCUGAAGAUCGGAGUCAGCAUACUGAAGCAGAAAUGCAGGCAAUACGGGAUACCCCGCUGGCCUCACAGGAAGAUCAAGUCCCUCGAUUCACUGAUUAGUGAUCUGGAGUUUGUGAUGGACGACACAGAUGGAGAUGUUGUGCAGAAGGAGACUAGCAGGCAGAGGGAGAAGGAGAGGGAGAAGGAGAAGGAGAAGGAGAAGGAGAAGGAGAAGGAGAAGCAGGAGGCGAUCCAAGCGCUGGCUAAGCGGAAGCGGUUGCUGGAGAGCGAGAAGGAGAUCAUCCAGCAGAAGCCUGCCCUGGACCUGAUGGCUGAAACCAAGCUGUUCAGGGAGGACGUUUUCAAGAGGAGAUACAGAGCUAAAAGAUUGCCCGGUCACUGAUUGCUUUUGCUUUCCUUUCCGAGGCUUGACUCUCAUGUCAUGUGUAAGUGUAACUAUAGUGCUCAUUCUUUGGACAGCAAGGAGCUGGUUUUUUGAUAGGAGUAGCAACAUAUAUUACUUACCAAAGAUGGUCAAAGCUAUCUACCGCCA